AUGUUCAUGUUCCACCUGUUAAAGGGCACCCGCGCGCCUCAAUGUCGGAGCGCCCUCAUUAAAAACAUGUCCCAUGGCUCAACCACGGAGGGACAAGAAAGUACCCAAGCGAAUACCACCAACCAACUUAUCCACCUCACCAGUGACGCAAUCAACAAAAUGAAACAAAUCAACUUGAAGUAUAAAAACUCAAAAGCCUUGAAGGUAUCUGUAGAAGCUGGGGGGUGCUCAGGCUUCCAGUAUUCCUUCUCCCUUAUCGAUAAAACAAACAUACAGGAGAAGGAUCUAGUCGCUUAUAAUAGAGAGUGCCUCGUGGUGAUUGACAAAGGGGCAGCGGAAAUGCUCAGGAACUGCAAAAUAGACUACACCAAUAAUCUCAUUGCAAAGAAGUUCGUCCUCGAGAAUAUUCAGAACCUCUCAUCCAAGUGUUCCUGUGGAAACUCCUUCGAUAAAAGCAAGCAGUGCGAAGUACACAGUGAUCAACAAACGGUGAAUGAUAACGGACGAAAUCAGGGGGGCUACUUACACAGACUGGCCACGGCUAAUGGUUUCUUUGCAGAAGGGUGCCUUCUAUCCGAGGAGCCACCUCGAACUUCAAAUAAAAUCAGAGGCCAAUCGGAUACUCAUCUAUCGUAUGUGCACAAAAAAAAUAAAUAA